AUGGAAAGGCAUUUUCAAUCAUUAUAUACAAUUCCGAAGUUCAGAGAAGUUCAAACUGAAUUUAUGGGAAAAGUUUAUUGUGAUCUAAUAUCUGCAGUAGACGGGCAUAUGGGGACGAGGUAUGAGGUAUGUGAGGACGUAAUGUGUGGAGAUCGAAGGAAGAAAAAAAUAUUUGUUGCUUGGUUUAACAAGGAGAUAUAUGAAGUAUCGUGUAGUUGCCAUUUAUUCGAGUUUCGAGGAAUAUUAUGCAGACAUGCAAUCACAGUUAUGAUACGAAAUGACGUUGUUGUGGUGCCAGAUAGGUAUAUAUUGCGACGAUGGAGAAAAGAUAUUAACCGAGCACACACGAGGGUAGCCGUGAGCUAUGAUGGUUUGGGUGUUACUCUAGCCCAAAAAAGGUAUGAUGACAUGUGUCGGUCAUUCGCAGAAGUGGCCAACCUUGCAGCAGACGAUGAAGAGAAAUGUGUUAUCAUCCAAUCUUGGAUAGAAAAUCAUAAGCGAGAACUUAUUUUGACAAAGGAUAGUUAUGGUGACACUAACACUUCACUAUGUACUUCACGUCAAACAAAAGAAAAUGAGAAUAUAAAGGAUCCAAAAGCAUCAAAGAGAAAAGGUGCGCCAAGGAUAAAACGGAAAAAAGGUCCUCUGGAGGUCAGCUCAAUGAAAUCAAAGGUACGCUUAAGGAAAGUAACCAAAAAUGAUCCAACACCGAGACCUGAUAGCAUCACAACCGUUGCGCUUGAACUUUUUCCAACUGAAUCA